GGCGGGAGCAGCGCCAUGGGCCGGGAAUUCCCGCCAUGGAACGGGCAGCGCCCGCGAUCCCGCCGCCCGCUCCAUUUUCUGUCUCGCCCGUCACGGAGACGCUCAGAUGGCAGAGCCGCGCUCGGCGGCCCUGGGAGGGAGGUGGAGUCUGCCCGUCCUCCGCCCGCCCUCCCUCCAUUGUCGGCGGCGGCACCGGCACCUGCUCGGGCCGCCGGCGGCCGGGAUGCUCCUGCCCUUCCCGGCGGAGCGGGGACGCUGCCGCAGUGCCGGGGCCGCAGCUCGCAGCCGGAGGGAGGAGAUGCUGCUUGUGCCUGCCUGGCCCUGCUGCCGUCUCGGAAAAUGAACAUGAGUCUGCCAGGCCGCGUCUCCUGCUCCAUGCUUAACUGCUUUGGUGAGGAAGGCCCUCCCAGUUUGGAGUACAUCCAGGCCAAGGACUUGUUCCCCCCGAAGGAGCUCAUAAAGGAGGAGGAGUCACUGCAGGUGCCAUUCACUGUGUUGCAGGGUGAGGGGGUGGAGUACCUGGGCCAUGCCAACGACGCUGUGAUCGCCAUCUCCAACUACCGCCUGCACAUCAAAUUCAAGGACUCUGUGAUCAAUGUGCCUUUGAGGAUGAUGGAAAGUGUGGAGUGUCGGGAUAUGUUCCAGCUUCACAUCAUCUGCAAAGACUCCAAAGUGAUCAGGUGCCAUUUCUCCACCUUCAAGCAGUGCCAGGAGUGGCUGAAGAGGCUGACUCGAGCCAUUGCCCGCCCUGCCAAGCCUGAGGACCUCUUUGCAUUCGCCUACCACGCCUGGUGCUUGGGGGUGUGUGUGGAUGAGGAGGAUCAACAUGCACAUCUCUGCCGUCCUGGGGACCACGUGAGGUUCCGCUUUGAGAUGGAGCUGGCGAGGAUGGGCUUCGACCUGCAGAACGCCUGGCGUGUCUCUGACAUCAACAACAACUACAAACUUUGUUCCAGUUAUCCCCAGAAGCUGCUGGUCCCUGUCUGGAUCACUGACAAGGAGCUGGAGAAUGUGGCUUCAUUCAGGUCAUGGAAGAGGAUCCCUGUGGUGGUGUACAGACUCGUCCUUGACAGCGUGUUCGGGCGUGGAGAAUGCAGGAACCCCUCAGAAGCUGCUGAUCCUCGAUGCCAGGUCCUACACGGCAGCCGUGGCCAACAGGGCCAAGGGAGGAGGCUGCGAAUGCGAAGAGUAUUAUCCUAACUGUGAAGUUGUGUUCAUGGGCAUGGCCAACAUCCACUCCAUCCGGAACAGCUUCCAGUACCUGCGUGCUGUCUGCAGUCAGGUGCCAGACCCCAGCAACUGGCUUUCAGCCCUGGAGAGCACCAAGUGGCUGCAGCACCUGUCUGUCAUGCUGAAGGCAGCAGUGCUGGUCUCCAGUGCCGUGGACAGGGAAGGGCGUCCGGUGCUGGUUCACUGCUCCGACGGCUGGGACAGGACCCCGCAGAUUGUGGCGCUGGCAAAGAUUCUCCUGGACCCUUACUACAGGACCAUGGAGGGCUUCCAGGUGCUCGUUGAAUCAGACUGGCUGGACUUUGGUCACAAGUUUGGGGAUCGCUGUGGUCACCAGGAAAAGGUGGAGGAUCAGAACGAGCAGUGCCCAGUUUUUCUCCAGUGGCUGGAUGCUGUGCAUCAGCUUUUGAAGCAAUUUCCCUGCCUCUUCGAAUUUAAUGAAGCUUUUCUGGUGAAGCUGGUGCAGCACACGUACUCCUGCCUCUACGGGACCUUCCUGGGGAACAGCCCCUGCGAGCGCGAGAUGCACAACAUCUACAAGCGCACGUGCUCCGUGUGGUCCCUGCUGCGGGCUGGCAACAAGAACUUCCACAACCUGCUCUACAUGCCCGGAUCCGAGCAGGUGCUGCAUCCCGUGUGCCACGUGCGCGCCCUGCACCUCUGGACAGCCGUGUACCUCCCGGCCUCCUCGCCACAUCCUCUGGGACAGGAGGACAUGGACAUCUACAUGCCCCCCGGAUCUCAGAGCCAGGACUUCAGUGGCAGGUGUUUGGACAGAUUACCAAAGACAAGAUCUAUGGAUGACCUGCUCUCAGCCUGUGACUCCAGCAGCCCUCUGACCCGCACAUCCAGUGACCCCAACCUGAACAACCACUGUCAGGAGGUGCGGGUGGGCUUGGAGGCCCGGCAUGCCAACACUGAAGGGGGUGAAGGUGCUGCAGUGACCACAGGAGAGGCACAGCCCAGGGAGGAGGAGGAGGAGAACCCUUCCCUGCAAGGCAGCAGCCAUGCUGAGCACGAAGGACCGGGCAGGCAGCUGGGCAGCCAGUCUGCUCUGCCAGCCAGUAGUGUCCCUGUGGAGGUGGAAGAGGGAAAUGGAACACUCAUGGAGGAGCUGGAUGGCAGAGGUCCAGAUCCUAAUCCUUCUGGACAGGAAAACAGUGACAAGGUUUCCACCAGUUCUGGAAGGCAUUUGGAAACCUGUCCUCAGGAACCUUUGAAGGCUGCUGGCACUGUGUCCAACAGAGGAGGCUGUCCUAAAAGAAUCACCACCUGCCCAGACAUUUCCAGCCAGGAGUCCCUGGCACCAGGCACCCCUUCUCAGGACAUCCCAGGCCCUGCCCUGGGUAUCCCAUGCCCAGAUGCAGACAAGGGCAGAGGUGAUGCUGGCCAGAGCAUGCCCUUCGAGGAGCCUGGCCAGCCGGGGAGGGUCCUGCUGGAGCAAUGGCGCAAGCCCAUUUCCCAGAGCCAAAGCAGCGAGUUUUCCUUCCUGGGGUGCAAUUGGGACAGUUUUCAAGGCAUGGUGACAUCGCUCCCCAACGGGGAGCCCACCCCCAGACACCUCCUCUCCUAUGGCUGUUGCAGCAAGAGGCUGAGCAGCAAACCCCUGCGAGCCCCAGGCCUGUGCCUCAGUGGGCCAUGGUCUGGCAGGGAAGGUGGGAAGCCCUCAGCCUGUGCUGGCCAUGUGAGCGCACAUUUCGGGAAGCCCAGCCGUUUGUGGCUGCCCUGUCACCUGAAACAAGCCUCUGGUCCCAAGCACCUGCCGCCAAAAUGUCCUUCUCCCGUGCCUCCUGUGUACCCGGAUGACGACGGGCUGCCCUUCCCCACGGAUGUGAUCCAGCACCGGCUGCGGCAGAUCGAGGCCAGCUACAAGCAGGAGGUGGAGCAGCUGCGCCGGCAGGUGCGGGAGCUGCAGCUGCGCCUGGACAUUCGCCACUUCUGCGCCCCUCCGGCCGAGCCCCCCAUGGACUACGAGGAUGACUUUACGUGUCUUAAGGAAUCAGACGGCAGUGACACGGAGGAUUUCUGUUCGGACCACAGUGAGGAAUGUUUGUCAGAAGCAAGCUGGGAACCUGUGGAUAAGAAGGAGACUGAGGUCACGCGGUGGGUCCCAGACCACAUGGCCUCACACUGCUUCAACUGUGACUGUGAGUUCUGGCUGGCCAAACGGAGGCACCACUGCAGGAACUGUGGGAAUGUGUUCUGUGCUACCUGCUGCCAUCUGAAGCUGCCCAUCCCUGAUCAGCAGUUGUACGACCCUGUCCUCGUUUGUAACUCCUGUUUUGACCAUAUCCAAGUGUCUCGUGCCAGGGAGCUCAUGAGCCAACAUAUGAAGAAACCCAUUGCCACAGCUUCCAGCUGAAUGCCAGACAAAGGACCUGUCUAAGCCCAGCCUUUUCUCUCAUGGGUUUGAAGGGUGACUCUGCCUCCAGGGUAACUGUGAAGGCCUUUGGUGCAACACUUGAACACCAAGCUGGAAUGCACUGUCUGCAGCAGCCUCGCUGCCGGGCUGGAGCAGAGGAGCUCAGAUCAAAGUUUGCUGUGUCCCCACCCCGGAGCUGGUGGGCCCGUGUGUUGUAGCCCUGAUGGCCUAGGGCUGAGAGAAGAUCACAACCUCUUCCUUUUGUGGUCUGGAAAGCAACGUUUUCACACCUGUUUGCCUGUGCAAAGUCCCCCCAAAGCAAUAGAAAGGCAUGUUUAGAACCACCUCCCCCUCCAAAGGCAGGCUGCUGUGUAAGAAGGAAGAGGGCAAGCUCCCGAUGGUCCCGUGGGCAUUGGAAGGGCCUCAGCCUGGAGCAGAUCUGUAGAUUUUCUUCCUAUGAGUGUGAUUUGCGAUCAGCUUGGUGAACAAGACUCACUAGCCAUCACUAAUUGAUUUUCUCUCGGGCUCUGAAGAGAAAUUCAUUCCAGCUGAAAAGGGCUGAGCAGAUCGUGCCCAUUUUCAGGCUCCGCUGGGAUCAGUGUCGCACUGGACUUUGUCCCUGCCCCCAACACCACGGGGAGAUGGGAGAUUGGCUUUUCACUUCUGCUCUGCCCCUUUGCUUUGUCUGCGGUUGUGCACAGCCUGGUGCUAACACAGGAAUGGCACCCUGAUCCUCUCCUGGCAUGGAAACAGAACUCAUGUUCCUGUGUUGCUCCUCCUCCCCUUUUCUGCCCUCAGCUCUUCACUUCCUACUGCUCUUUAUCCUGAAAACUUGAUACCUUGAGGGUAUAGGCCAUAAUGUGUUGUUUUACCUCCUGGAAUGUGCUGUCUGGUGUAUGUGAGGGUUUCAGUCCAAAUGCUGCUAUAUAUUUCUGUGCACUUAAUGUAACCCGAAGAAGGGAGAAUGAAGCAUCGAUACCAAAUUGGGGGUGGGGAAGGACACUGGCUGACAUAGACACUACGGUCUGUGCUUUUCACUUUAGGAUGUACAGCUGCAGUGAGAACCAUGACGUGUGGCAUUUGUUCAGUGGUGGAAACAAUCUCUCUGACUUGCCCCAGUGCUACCUGAAAUGCCUCUUGAAUUUGACUUCUUUUUUUGUCUCCUUGUACAGUGGUCAAAGUUCAGAGUUGCCAACUUGUAAAUGCCUCUCUGCUUCUUCUUUAAACUAGAGAGCAGGAAUCCCAACUCAUCCUAAGGACAAAGAACUGGGUUUAGAAAGGAAGAAUGGUUUAUAAAGUGGGCUUCAGUGGGCUUGUAAUCCCUGGAUCCCUUGAGGAGCAUCCAUCCUGCCUCCUCUGUAAGGCAUCUGUGGAUACUAGUCAGGAAGAAGAGUUUGAAAGUGGAGUGUUUCUUUGCAGAAAUGUAGGUUUUCUUUCCAAUAUAUUCUGCACUUCAGGAGCUGAGACUUGGUUUGUGGCAGGGAGGACCUUGGUCUGCUAACAAGGCAAAGGACUUGACUCUGUUGUGAUCUCCCAGAUCUUGCAGUAAUGGUUUGUCAUCUCCAUCAGGAGGAAUGAAAUAAGGACCCUUUCCUGCACUUUGACUUGUCAGCCUCUGGUUUUGUGUAAGUGAAGCUCAUCUUCUGAAGACCCUGUACUUAGACUGUGCUUCUUUUCCAUACUGGGAACAAACAACGUGGCUCUGGGAAGGGAAGGCACCUUGCUUCAGAUUCUCCCCUGCCUUGUACCUUGCAGUCAUUGCUGAACAUGAAAGCGUGAUCAUUGGCCUGGCAGAAGGAACUUGGAUUUGCUCCUGUUUUGCACAUGUUGGAAUGACUGCAAGUGAUGAGGAAGCCAGAAACCAGGUACUGCUGGCCCUCCCAUUCAGGCCAUUAGUCCAAACUGCUUUUAGCUCUUGUGAGUCCCAGCGUCACAAUGUGCUGGCAAAAACUCCAGUCAGUUUGAUGGCAUUGUGACAAACAAAAUGUGCUGUACAACUCGAUACAGUUGAAAUAAAAUCUCUAUAUUAGUGCUGC